CCUGCUGUGUGCAGGAAGGAGCAGAGUGUGUUGUCUCCAGUGACCUGCUGGAACCUGCUGCUGGUACAGGUGAAGAGGGAGAGCAGGGAUCACGCCACUCUGUCAGACCUCUACCUCAACAACAUCAUCCCUCGCUUCGCCCAGGUCAGCGACGACUCUGGACGCCUCUUCAAGAAGAGUAAGGAAGUUGGUGUGCAGCUACAAGAGGAUCUGAUGAAAGUUCUUAACGAGCUCUACACAGUGAUGAAGACCUACCACAUGUACAACACAGACAGCAUGAACGCUGAGUCCAAGCUGAAGGAGGCGGAGAAGCAGGAGGAGAAGCAGAUGGGCCGCUCUGGUCGCCAGGACGACAGGCAGAUGCCGCGGUCACCUGACACCCUGGCCAACGUGAAGACUGAGGAGAAACACGUCAGACGCUCCAGCGUCAAGAAGAUCGAGAAGAUGAAGGAGAAGAGGCAGGCCAAGUACACAGAGAACAAGCUGAAAGCCAUCAAGGCCAGGAAUGAGUAUCUCCUGGCCCUGGAGGCCACCAACAGCUGUGUCUUCAAGUACUACAUCCACGACCUCUCCGACAUCAUAGACUGCUGUGACCUGGGCUACCACGCCAGCAUGCACCGCGCCCUGCGGACCUACCUGUCUGCUGAGCUCAACGUGGAGGCGUCCAAGCACCAGGGCCUGGAGAGCCUGGAGGGGGCGGCAGAGAGCCUGGAGCCCAGCGGAGACAAGCAGAGGCUAAUGGAGACCUACAACAACGUCUUCUGCCCCCCUGUCCGCUUCGACUUUCAGUCCCACAUGGGAGACAUGAUGGGCGUGGUGUGCGCCCAGCCGCCCCUGGAGGGAGAGCUGCUCCAGAGGUGUCAGCAGCUGCAGUCUCGCCUCUCCACCCUCACCAUAGAGAACGAGGAGGUGAAGAAGACCAUGGAGGCCACUCUGUGCACCAUCCAGGACAUGGUGACGGUGGAGGACUAUGAUGUCAGCGAGUGUUUCCACCACAGCAACAGCAUGGAGUCUGUCAAGUCCACCGUCAGCGAAUCCUAUCUCAGCAAGCCCAGCCUGGCCAAGCGACGGGCCAAUCAGCAGGAGACUGAGCAGUUCUACUUCACGAAAUUGAAGGAGUUUCUGGAGGGCAGGAACCUGAUCACUAAACUGGAGGCCAAGCAUGACCUCAUCCAGAAGACCCUGGGAGAGAGUCAGAAGACUGACUGUUGCCUUGCCAGCGGAAGGAGGAACUCCGCUGUGCGGAAGCAGGACUCAGGUCAGGUCAUCCCUCUGAUGGUGGAAAGCUGCAUCCGCUUCAUCAGUCGCCAUGGUCUUCAGCAUGAGGGCAUUUUCAGGGUGUCCGGCUCUCAGGUGGAGGUCAAUGACAUCAAGAAUGCCUUUGAGAGAGGUGAGGAUCCGCUGGCAAGCGAUCAGAAUGAUCAUGACAUGGACUCCAUCGCUGGCGUUCUAAAGCUCUACUUCAGAGGGCUCGACCAUGCCCUCUUUCCCAAGGAAGUCUUCCAUGAACUCAUAUCCUGUGUCUCGAUGGAGAGUCUUCAGGAAAGGGCGGUACACAUCAGGAAGGUUCUGCUGUCGUUGCCCAGCAACACGCUCAUUAUCAUGAGAUACCUGUUUGCUUUCCUCAACCACCUGUCCCAGUACAGUGAGGACAACAUGAUGGACCCCUACAACCUGGCCAUCUGCUUUGGCCCCACGCUCAUGUCUGUCCCCGAGGGCAAUGACCAGGUGUCCUGCCAGGCCCAUGUCAACGAGCUCAUCAAGACCAUCAUCAUCCACCACCACGGCAUCUUCCCAGGGGCCCGCGACCUCCAGGGGCCCGUAUACACACACCCAGGGACCACCGAGGACUACUGUGACAAUCCCCACGAUGAGCCCCCCCUGGUGGUGGAACCUGCCCCUGAAGCUGGCUCGGAAAUCCACAACACUGAUGAUGGCUCCUUGGUCAUUUCAGAAUCGGACCCAAUCGAGGCCAUUGCUCGCUUCGACUACUCAGGGCGGACCAAUCGGGAGUUGUCGUUUAAGAAGGGCGCGUCUCUCCUUCUGUUCCAAAGAGCUUCAGAAGAAUGGUGGGAGGGGAGACACAAUGGAAUGGACGGACUGGUCCCUCACCAGUACAUAGUGGUGCAGGACAUGCCUGAUGGAGGCAGGGACAGUCCCAGGGCUGAUGGGGAGACCAGGGAGAUGCUGGAGGAGAGGGUGUCCACCAGGGUAAUCGCUGCCUCUCCUACUGGAGCUCACGUAGCUGAUAUCUACCUGGCCAACCUCAAUAAGAUGAGAAAGAGACCAGAGUCUGGAAGUAUACGUAGAACCUUCCGGGGCUCUGAGAGCGAGUGCUCUUCUCCCGGGGCUGCGGGUGGGGGGGUGAGGACCGCCUCUCUUCCUGUGGGAGGGGCUCUGGUGAAGGAGGGCGGAGACAAACGACCGGUCAGCGCCCACAGCAUCCUCAACUCUGUGACUCGACACUCCUCCCUCAAGACCAAGGUGGAGAGCCCGCAGUUCCGCAAGGCAACCACAGCAGGGCGCUCUAAGAGCUUCAGUAACCACAGACCUCUGGACCCUGAGGUUAUAGCCCAGGUGGAACUCAGCUCCCAGGACAUAGAGGCAGCGAUGAGCUCUCCCCUGACUGAGCUGAGAGAGCUGGAGAGACAGGGCAAGCACCCCCACACCCCCGACGUGGUCCUGGACACCCUGGAGCAGCUGAAGGGGGGGUGUGGUGGGGGAGGGGGCGGGGCUUCCGAGCCCUCCAGUCCCCUCCACUCCCGGCUGCUGCGGGACAGCGAGGGGGGGUCCGGCCACGCCCACCCCCUCCAGCGCAGUGCGUCCUCGGCCAGCGACGUGCCCUCCUCCUUCCGACCCUCCAAGAGCCAGCCCAGGAGCCCCCUGCCCUCCUCCACGUCCCCCUCUCUCUCCUCGUCCUCCCUCUCCUCCUCGGUGCCCUCCUUCAGGGAGGUGCGCCCCCCGGCCACGAGGCCCAAGCCUGUGGUCUUCCCCAAGGGAGGGGGAGGUGGGGGCAGCCCGGCCAUGGGCUCCCCCACCUCCACCGUGCCCCCCACCCCUCCCCCGCCGCCCCCCCCGCACGCACACUCUCUGUCCCACACGCCUCCUCCCCCUCAGGCCAACGACAAGUCCUGCCCAGUCUAGGACCAAUGAUGCCCUCCCGCACCCAGCAGCCCCCAUCAAAACGACACCCCUCGACCACACCUCACCCACCCUCACCCUUACCACUGACAGGACCAGAGAUCAAAUCACAUUGGAUUUAGAAAGCUUCCUCAAGCGAGCACAGCACUUCACUUUGCAACGCCUCACCCCCCCCGCCAAUCUGUAGCACCUAGAUAAGAGUUUAAAAUCUCAACUCUACGUUUACCCCCUCCCCGGACUAGCAUGACUCUAACCUGCCCUCUCCUGGCAGCUCCUGUUUCUGCAUCUCCCCUCCGAUUCCUUAGCCAGACCUCCAGACUCACACACCUGACACGAGGGAGUCAGCCUCAGGAAGGACAGAGCCAUGGCACCUGUACAUACCAGUGUGGGAUUCUUGAGAGUGUGUGUGCAAUGUGUGUCCAAUCUCUACCUUAUGCACAGAUUGGUAGUGAAAUGAAUGACUGUGGUGUUAGAACAGAUUCAAACCAAGCAGGAAUACCCCUUCUCCCAUGGUGUCCUCAAGCCUUUGAGGACUGGUCCUGGGUGAAGGUGGACCCUGACCGGGAACACAGACUGUGAAGACAGAGCUCACCACACACUCACCUUUUGGAGCUCACCAUGAAUGAGCACUUUCAGCUCACUGACUCGCUGCUUCUAAGGGGCAAGACUGGAUGAACCAGCCUGGAGAGGAGACAAAAAGAGAUCCUUGCCUUGCUGACAGAAUAAUGUCUGGAAAAAGGAUGGAAAAAGAGACUGAAUGAGGCUGGUUAAAUAUAAUCAUGAGUGUUUAGGAUCUGUCCAGCCUUUAGCAUUCCUCUUUUCUUCUAGAAUAAUUAAGCACAACGGUGAUUCAUUCCUAUAUUUUUGCUCAUCAGUUGCUAUCCAGCUGUGUGGCCUUGCUAAUCCUGCAGACUAGCUAGCCUUUUAACAGCACCCCCUGCUGGCUGAUAAGGGUGAUGACGUGGUUCUGCCCAGUACCUGAUGAUGACAGAUCUUUCUCCAGCAAAAAAACAAGCAAACAGAUGGUGUUAUGUACAGGCUUCUCUCCCAUGGUGUUGCAUUUGUGGGGGAGAUUGAAAUCCAAUCUAUGUACGCAACCCUGUGAUAAAUGGAGUUAACACACAAAAACACACGUUGGUCUGUGUGUGAGUGUGUGUGUGAGUGUGUGUGUGAGUGAGUGUGUGUGUGUGAGUGUGAGAGAGUGUGUGUGAGUGUGAGAGAGAGUGUGUGUGUGUGUGUGAGAGUGUGUGUGUGUGUUCUGUGGCAGCUAAACUGCAUUCAGGUUAUACUCAUGCUGUGGCUACAGCAGCCAUUGUGCUCGGUGUCUGAGUACCUGCACCGGUGGAUAUCUACAGUAGUGUAUCUAUAGUACUACAAACAACUCACUCAACUUGCCGUAUCGACUACCAACACAACUGCAAAAAGGGUAUUUCUAUUGUGUUCUAUGUUGAAUAAUCAUGUUAAUAACUGGAACCUCACAGAUGAUGAGGAAUGAGGGGGAGAAAGGAUGAGUGAGAGAGGAAGAGAGAGGAAGAGGAAAAAGAAGGCGCUUCCCAGGUGAAGCACAAACAUCUCAUACGACAAUAAAAAAGAUGAUGUUUUUAUAAUUAUUUUAUUUUAAACAUUAAUUACAUUAUACAUAAUGAUGAAAAUGAAACUAUGUAGCUGUUUGUAUGAACUUCACACUUUCUUACACACCUGCCCAAAGUGUGUGAUUCAGAGAGGGUUUAACUGUGUGGGUGUGUGAGUGAGUAACCCCCUCACAACUGACAGGUAUCCGGCUGACCUCACCAUAAAGGGAACCAACCAAUCGCUGCUCACAAGAACCAGAGGGGCACUCUGGAAGGAGUCACCAGCAGUAGUACUUCCUAUGUCCCAAGAGCAACCAUGCUAGCUGUUCCAACGUUCCCCAUGAAAUAUGGGUGUGGAUGGGAUCCUCUACCCCCUCAGUCAGCAGAGGGACUCUCCCCGUAUCAGCUGUUAGUGUGGGGGUCUAAACAGUAGCCAGUCCCUUGGUUUCUGGGGUCCCAACCUGUAGAGGACAACACAGCCACCGUAUAGAUUUUUCUGCUGCCAGACUUUUCUCUUCCACCCAUGAUUGUGACUGUCGUACUGCGUUCCAUGUGUACCUGGUGGUUGGAUUCUAACUGUCAUGUUGUUUUCUCUGUGGACUGUGUGUGUUACCUGAUGUGUUUCUGUUGCCCUCAUCUCAACAGCUGGAGGGAUUGUGUGUACAUGUGAGAGCAUCUGUGGGGGGGUGGGGGGGGGGGGGAGUGGAGGGUGCAGAGGGUGCAGAGGCAUUAACGCACAUCAUACACUUGUACCAUGUAUGUAUGGGUGGGUAGUGUGUGUGUGUGUAGGGGCUCCUUACUGGACUAGAAGCCUCUGUUUUCAACCCAUUCUCAUCAGUGGAUCAAAAACCAAUCAUUGUGCACUUGAAUGACCUGGCGUGUGCUUGUGGACUGACCUAGUGAGAAUGGCUUGUUUUGUUUGAAUUGAAUAUUGUUGAAUAUGCAUUUUUGUCCAUUUGAAAAACAGCAGAACUAAAAAAAAAAAAUGACCGUAAUGUCAAAUCUAUUUAUAGUUGUCUCUGUAUUACUGGAGAGUCCUGUGUUCAGAUGUACUUUGUAUAUACAAUGUUGUACAUUACAGAGGUACACUCUUUUUUUGGUACAAUAUUGUACAGUAAUAGCAAUAGUAGUUUAAUCAAAUAGGCCUUAUAUAAUUAUGUGUAGUUCUUGUAGUAGAUUUUUUAAAUAAACAUUGCUUGCUAUAAAA